CAAAAAACCAUAAUUGAUAGGUUUGUAUUUAGCUGCUCAAAAAAUUGAACUGUUAAUCGAAAACUUUCAAAGCGAAAGUAGUAGAAUAAGAGCUUUUUUGAUGGUUGAAAAUAACCGCUCGUCCUUCGGAUUUGGCCAACCGAUGGCGAAUCAGUUUUUUACGUUUCUACCAGGGUGAUUAAUGGGCAUUUAUUUGUAAUAUAUCUCAUAUUGUCAAUGUUAAUGCAUAACCUUUUUUGGGGUCUGUUCUGCAGCUUUUUGGUCCAGCAGAUUACUCAAAGCUCAAAUUGUUUAUACUUACUGUAUUUAAUAUUCUUUUAGCUGAUUUCCAACCUUUAUUCCAGUUAACGUUCGUAUAAUAGGAAACAUUGAAUUAGCUUGAAUUUAAUCAUAAAAAUGUUCAACAAGUGUAUAAGCGGAAUUGCAUUUGUCAUAAUAAGCCACACGAUAUAACGAUUAAUGGAAUUUAAAGAAGCUUAUAUACUGAUACAAGUUCAACACUUUUGAAGCUUCAAAUUUAAUCCACCGUUUUUACGAACUACACGAUAAUAUUGUGCAAUUUCUUGCUAAUAUAAAGCAUGAUCGUCAUCGGUGUGGUACUGGAGUUCGGCGUUCUAAAAAAUAAUCCAAAUAAAAAAUAUGAGGAUUCCGUAUCAAAGUGAUUCAAUAUAUAAGAAAAAAUAUGUUUUACUAAUUUUUGGAGUACUAAUCCAUCUAUCACCAAACGAAGCUGUCCUAAAUCCCAACGAUGAGAACUUUUUUAACCACACUGCUGACACAUACGACUGGUCGAAACAUCCUUGCCAUCGGCCUUGCACCGAAGAUGGAGAACGGAUGAUUUGCAAAUACGUUUUUGUCGUGGAACAGUUUAGCACAAUGAGCAAAGCCUGUUACGACUGCCCGUUCAAUAAAACCGACUGCUUCAGACCCCACUGUUUGCCUGCCUCUGGAGUGCAGAAGACAGUUUUUACGGCGAACCGACAGAUGCCUGGACCAGCUAUUCAGGUUUGUCUCGAUGACGUGGUCAUGGUAGAAGUGAGAAACAAUAUGUUGUCGGAGAGCACGACGAUCCACUGGCACGGAAUCAAACAGACCGCUACACCGUACAUGGACGGAGUUCCUUACGUGACGCAGUGUCCCAUACUACCCGGGGAAAGAUUCCAAUACACCUUUAACGCCAACAUCAGUGGAACUUACUUCUGGCACUCUCACAUUGGCUCUCAGAGAUCCGACGGUCUGGCAGGCCCGCUGAUAAUUUACUCUCCGCCGAGUCAGAAUCUUCACGCAGACCUUUACGACUAUGACGAGCACCACCUCAUUGUCAACGACUGGAUGAACUACGACGGCAACGAUGCGUUCGUCAAGCAGUAUCAUUACACGCCCACCACUGUCCCUCAGACGAUCCUCAUCAAUGGUAUGGGACGCUUCAAGGAAUUCCAGAGGAACAAUGUCACAGCGAACGUUCCGUCGUCUACGUUCAAAGUUCAAAAAAACAAAAGAUAUCGAUUAAGAUUGAUCAAUUCCGGUGCGGAAGGUUGUCCGAUUGCAAUGUCGAUAGAUAAUCAUACGAUGCUGGUUAUCGCCCUGGAUAGCAAUGACAUAGAGCCAGUCGAAGUCGAAGUAAUCACCACGUGGCCCGGCGAACGGGUCGAUUUCGUCCUUAAAGCCGAUCAGGAAUCAGAUAAUUAUUGGAUCAGGUACCGAGGCUUUGACCAAUGCAGUCCUGCUAAUGCCGAAAAUGGCGGCGUCUAUCAAGUGGCGAUACUUCGAUACGAUGGGGCACCCGACGAAGAUCCGAAAUCGCCAAUCGGUUACAGUAUUCCAAAAUACACAAAUACCACUCGAGUUUUGAACCCCUACAACACUGGAACCGAGUCUUCACACGAGGUAAACAUAAGUAUUCCCUUGCUCAACGCAUUGACGCCAGACGAUCCUGCCUUGAUUCAUCCCGUGGAUCAACAGAUUUUCAUAGAAUUCGAUUUUUACCCGGUCAACAACUUCGAUUUUCAUCGAAAAAACCUGUACGGAUACAAUCAAGUAUCAGCCGAUCAUCGAAUCGGUUCGUUGCAACUAAAUCAUAUAACCCUGAAGUUGCCGACGUUCCCACUGCUGACUCAGUGGGACAUGCUCAAACCCAACAGUCUUUGCAACGCAUCACAUGUUCCCGGAAAAUUGAACUGCACCGCCGAGCACUGCGCUUGUACGCAUGUCAUCAAUCUUAAGCUUAAUUCGGUUGUGGAGAUCGUUUUCCUGGAUCAAGGAGCUUUCAGUGACGGAAAAGUCAACCACCCGUUGCACCUCCACGGACACUUUUUCCGGGUGAUUUCGGAAAAGAAUCUCGACGGUGUGGUAACGGUCGAUCGGAUCAAGAAGCUGGACAAAGAAGGAAAGGUCAAGCGACGACUACAUCGCGCCCCGCUCAAGGACACGAUCAAGUCGCCCGGCGGCGGUUACACUAUUGUUAGACUCUACGCCAACAAUCCUGGUUAUUGGUUCUUUCAUUGUCACUUUGAACAGCAUACAAACGUGGGAAUGGCUCUCAUUUUUAAAGUUGGCGAGCACAAGGAUUUUGCAAAGAUACCAAAGGACUUUCCGAAAUGCGGAGGCUUCACACCGAUUACUAUGAAGUAAUACCUUAUCAUUAAAUAUAUUGAAUGUCAUGAAAUUAUCUGUUGGUAUUUUAUACUGUACGUGGGUAUUUAAUAAAGAAUCAUAAUUUAUUUACUCCAUGA